CGACACGAUGAGAUAUACCUGCAAGUCUAUGGUAUAUUGAUCUUAAAACUCUUAGAAUUUCAAUCUACCUGCGUUUCGAAUGUCUUCCAGUUGAAUGGCCGACUUCAGGGGGGGAGCCAGCUAUACGAUCAUGAUGAUCCAAGAUGCAGAUUCAUCUUCAUCCACUCUCCUCAUUCACGAGCACAUCUCAAACUAAGCAAGGAAAUGUUGGAAUGUACCUUCACACACCAUCAAGUAAUGCCCGCCUUUUUAGACUUCGUUUUCCCAUUUGGAGAUCAAGAAAAUAUGCAAGACUUUCAUUUCAGUGGAUUUCGAGAGGGAAUUCGGCUGCUUGUGUCGGAUGAAGGGUUGAGUAUUCCCUCGUUAGGUAGAUCUGGCCGCGAUGUCCGACUGUGUUAUAAUUUAAAAUCAGUCGAAAGUUCAAACAGCAACCCCAAGAUGCCUUGGUCUAUUCGCCAAGUAGCUGUCUAUCACUCAUUUGAUGUGGAGACAGGAAAAUCGUUCUGGACUGUGAUCAAAGGUAACCAGCUCCUAAAAAAUCGGAUUGAAGCUGCGACCGUCUCAGCGACAAGGAGUAAAGAAAGUUUGAAAUCUUUCGAAACCACAGCUAGUUCAUUUUCCUCGACUCUGGCCACGCACCUAGCUAUCUGCGAUUGGUGCGAUGAGGAAUGGCGCUGGUAUCUUAACGACCUCGAGGAGAAACUUCGAAAUGCAACGCUGAAUUCUUUGGCAAUACCAAUAACAAAGAAGCCAACUCCAAUUGCAGAACCGCCUCGACAAAUCACCAAGCAGUCAUCGCUGUCCGUUUUCCGGCAAAUUUCAAAUUUCACGAAAGCAUCAAGAAAUACAGGCUCAUGGUCAACAUGGUCUAGCAAGGGAAAUCUGGACAUGGAAAAGCAGCAAUUCAAGCCCUCAUUCCCACAACCGAGUGAGCCUAUCUCAACUCCUGGCAGACCACCUCCACCUCCCAAGCUUCCUCCCGGUAUGCCGGGGGCCAUUCGGAAUGAUAAAGACCAGGAUGAUGACAGGUUUACAUUUGGCGAUUUUCAACAAGUUCAAUAUCUUGAAGAAUGCGCAAACGAGGUCUUUCUAGUUCUUGAAGCAAAUAUUGAUGUCUUGGAGGAAUUGCGGGGCCAUUACCAAUCGAUAAUGGAGGACGACGACUUUCCCGAAGAUAUUAAAACUGGUUGUAAAAGAGAGUUUGCUCGUUUUGAAAAACGUGUUUCAAGUAUCACUGUCGAUCUGCGAAGGCAGCGAUCCAGAACGCAGAACUUUCAACGUCUUCUUGGUGAGCGAAAAAGUCUUCUAUAUGGUAUACUCAAGCAUUGUAGCAUCGAAGCAAGCAAUGACCUUGCUAUGAAAUCUCAAUUUUCGGCAAAGCGGAUGGAAGAUAUGACUGAACAAAUGCAUGUUAUUGCCCAGAAAACAAAAGAAGAAACCGUCUCUAUGAGGAUAAUCACACUCGUAACAUUGUUUUUUCUGCCGGGGACAUUUAUCUCAACAAUAAUGAGCACUGAUAUCAUCCAUUUUCAAGCAGAAUCUAAAACAAGUGGAAAGAUUUUUCAACUUGGUGCAUUGGAGCUGUAUCUUGCGAUUACUAUCCCGCUUAUGGCGGUUACUUUUGCGGCAUGGUACCUGGUUUAUCGCUGGUUGAACAGGAGAGGAUGA